AUGAGCUGCCUAAGUUGGAACUGUCGAGGGCUUGGGAACCCUCGAACAGUGAAUAAGUUGCAUCUUAUGGUGCAAAAUAAGUCCCCAAAAUUUGUUUUCUUGAUGGAAACAAAGAGCAACAGAACAAAGGUGGAAGCUGUCAAAAGGAGACUGCAAUUUGACAACAGCUUUGUAGUCAAUUCGAGAGGAACCAGUGGUGGGUUAGCCUUCCUUUGGAAAGAUGACAUGGAAGCAGAAGUGGUGUCAUACACACAGAACCACAUUUCACUUAUAGUGAAGGGCAUGAAGGGGGGAAUCCCUUGGCAUUUGACUGGGUUCUAUGGCAACCCAAUGACAGCAAAAAGGCAGGAAAGUUGGCUCUUGCUUCAAGCUCUUAAACCUGCAAGUUCAAUAGGAUGGAUGUGUGUAGGUGAUUUUAAUGAAAUAAUGUGCUAUGGUGAGAAGUGGGGAGGAGCACUGAGACCAUACAAACAAAUGAAGGCAUUCAUAACUGCGGUUUAUAGUUGUGGCCUGAGUGAUAUGGGUUACCUUGGAAGCAAAUUCACAUGGUUGAAUGGAAGGCAAGGGAGGGCUUUCACCAAAGAAAGGCUUGAUAGGGCCUUUAGCAACUCUGUCUGGGCACACCUUUUCAAUGAUUCCAAGGUAUUUAUUCUCCCUGCUCUGAAUUCAGAUCAUAAUCCAUUAUGGGUUACAAUGGAGCAGCUGCAAGCACCUAGAAACAGACAACAAAAACCAUUCAGAUAUGAGGCAUGCUGGUUAAUGAAGGAAGAAAGCUUUAAACUGAUUGAGGAAGCUUGGAGGGCACCAAGACAAACUGUGAACAAAAUGCAAGGUACCAUUGACAGACUAAAAACCUGUAGAUCAAAGCUGACUCAAUGGAGUAAGCAAACUUUUGCCACUGCAAAGAGAGAAGUUUGUGCCCAAAUAGACUACAUCUCUACAUUACAAGAAAGGAACACAGGCCAGCUAACAAAGGAGAUAAAACAAGCACAACAAGAAGUAAACAAACUUCUUGAGGCCGAAAAUAUUAAGUGGAAACAAAAAGCCAAGCAGAGGUGGCUGGCUGAGAGGGAUAGAAAUACCAAAUAUUUCCACCAAUGUGCUUCAGACAGGAGAAAAUCCAAUGUAGUCAGAAAAUUGUUGGACAGCAAUGGACAAGCAGUAAGUUCGAAAGAAGGAAUUUGUGCUCUAUUCCAAGAAUACUUCACAGAGAUUUUCACCUCCUCUAACCCCAGUAAUCCAGAAGCAUGCAUAGCAUCAAUGGAAGCUCGGGUAACAGCCACAAAACUCCAUGUUGACAAAGGCCUACACUGUGCAAGAGGUGGCAACAUAAGGGACAUCAAUAGCACAUUCAUUGCCCUCAUUCCCAAUAAGAAAGUUCCCAACACAGUCACAGAAUUCAGGCCCAUAUCUCUCUGUAAUGUACUCUAUAAACUCAUUUCUAAAUGCAUAGCCAACAGAGUAAAGAAGGUCUUACCUAGUGGCAUUUCUCCUUCUCAAUUUGCUUUUAUCCCUAAUAGACUAAUAACUGAUAAUGUUAUUAUUGCUUUUGAGGCUUUGCAUACUAUGAAAUGUAAAUUAUCAGGAAAAAAAUGGUACAUGACAUUAAAACUAGACAUGAGCAAAGCUUAUGACAGAGUUGAGUGGGGCUUCCUUAGAGUUGUGCUUCACAAGAUGGGGUUCUGCAGUCAGUGGGUGGAACUAGUGAUGAGAUGUAUAGAAUCUGUCUCAUAUGCUCUUUUAGUGAAUGGUGAGCCUCAACAAGAGUUCCUACCUUCUCGAGGCAUAAGACAAGGUGACCCACUGUCACCUUAUCUUUUCAUCAUGUGUGCAGAGGCACUAGGCAACCUGAUUCACAAGGCUGGGGAAGAUAGACUGAUUAAUGGCGUACCAAUAGGGAAGAGUCAUUUAAGAAUCUCCCAUCUCUUUUUUGCAGAUGACAACCUGCUAUUUUGUAAGGCAAAUGUAAUGGAAUGGAAUAGAAUGAUAAACCUUUUGAGAACUUAUGAGAUGGCAUUUGGCCAAAGAUUAAAUCUGGAAAAAACUUCCAUUAUUUUCAGCAAAAACACAGCAAGGCAGACCCAAGACUACCUUCUGUCAAUUGCUGGGAUAAGAUCUGGUUUGGCCUAUGAAAGGAGAAGGAACACAAGAUUCAUUGGGAAUCUUGGAGAAAAAUAUGACAAGGCAAUAGGGGGACUCGGUUUUAGGGAUCUUGGUCCAAGCCUUCUUUUGUUUGGAGAAGCCUCCUUGCAGCAAGAAGUUAUAGAAGAUGGUGCUUUUUGGAGGCUCGGAACAGGAUCUGAGAUUCAUAUAUGGGAAGACAAAUGGCUUGGAUAUCCUAAUCCUAGCAAAGUCACCAGCCCAAUGAAAAAUCUGGAUGUAAAGGCAAAGGUUGCAGAAUUGAUCAACCCUGAAACCAAGAUGUGGAAAACUGAACUAGUUCAAGACACCUUUGCCAAGGGGGAAGCAAAAUUGAUACUACAAACCCCUAUUAGCUCAAUGGAAACCAGAGAUAGGAUCAUAUGGAAUGGUACGAAGGAGGGGUUUUUCAGUAAAAAGGAAAAUGAAGAUGUUCUCCAUGCAUUGUGGAGCUGUGCAGCAGCAAUGAAUGUGUGGAGUUUAUGCUCUAAAAGAAUCCAAAAAAGAUCAACUAAGCAACUUCCCAUGCUACUGUUUUUUGACUAUCUAAUCAAGGUGCUGAAUGAAGAAGAAGUUCAGAAAUUUGUGGUAGUGGCAAGGAAAAUCUGGUGGAGACGAAACUCAUUCAUAUUCAACCAAGAAUUUACAAAGCCUCACAUUAUUGUCAAGGAAACCAGAACCUUGUUAGAUAUGUUGGCAGAGAAGGAUAUUGAUCUUAAUAGCAAAAAACCACCAAGCUGCCCCUUAACAGAAGUAUGGCAGGCACCUUCACCAAACUGGUUUAAGAUCAACUGGGACGGAGCAGUGGACAAGGAAAGAUGA